AUGCCACCCUCGGAUGGAGUACCCGUGACGAACGGGACUACUCAGCCAUCCGGAGAUGUUCCUUCGAAAGAGUCCAAGAAAUCAAAACCGCGGCCAGACGGCUCUGCGCGAACGGCGACGGAGCAAGACAUUGCAGAAGCCGGCGCCGGAGUCAAAUUGACAGGGGCGCUCUUGAAGAAACAAAAGGCUGCGGAAAAGGCAGCCAGGAGAGCGGAAAAGGUGGCUGAAAAGGGAGCGCACGCACAGCAACAGGCGCAGACGCAGACGCAGACGCAGGCUGGACCGUCAGGCACGAAACUAGAGACUCCUAGACGGCCGUCGACGACCAAGAGAGAGAGCGACACCGUUCCUCAUCACAGAAGGACACCUUCGUCCGGUGCAAGACAGCUGCCGAUUCGUGGGGCUGCUCAACCGCAACCGCAACCCCAGGCCUCUGCACCUCAUGAAAAGGAGAAGCGCCACGAGCUCAAUCGCGUUCCCAUGUUCUCACAUCUCUACCCGAAAGAAAAGAGGGCCACUCUUGCAGGAGCCGGAAGGGAAAUCCACCCCGCCGUCAUUGCACUCGGUCUGCAGCUACGAGACUACGUGAUAUGCGGCGGGAAUGCUCGCUGCGUGGCUACGCUGCUUGCUUUCAAAAUGGUCAUAAAGACGUACACGACUCCGCCCGCUGUCGCUCUUUCAAGACACUUGCUCACCCAUCUCAACCAUCAAAUCGCAUACCUACGCAACGCUCGACCUCUGAGCACCAGCCAAGGCAACAGUAUCCGAUGGCUGAAGAACCUCAUUUCCACCCAGCCUGUCGAAUCCACCGACAGCGAAGCCAAGCAAAGCCUGUGCGAGGCCAUCGACUUGUACAUUCGCGAGCGAAUCACGCUGGCGGACGAAGUCAUUGCGCGCGAGGCCACCGAGCGCAUUGAGGACGGCGACGUCGUACUCACCUACGCCAAGAGCAGCAUCGUGGAGAAAACGCUCAUCAACGCGCACCGGCAGGGCAAGAAAUUCAGAGUCAUCGUCAUCGAUUCACGGCCCAUGUUCGAGGGGAAGAACCACGCGAGAAGCCUCAUCCGCGCAGGUCUAAAAGUGCAAUACGCCCUGCUCACCGCAAUCGCGGACAUUGUGGACCAGGAAUCUGUGACCAAAUGCUUCCUCGGGGCAUCGGCUAUGCUGGGAAAUGGGAAGCUCCUGUCCCGCGCCGGAUCCGCCAUGGUUGCAAUGAUGGUCAAGGAGUGUUCAAGGAACAAGAGUCGAAAUGUCCCUGUCAUUGUACUGUGCGAAACGGUCAAGUUCAGUGCCAAGGCUGUGUUGGACAGCAUCAUCCUAAACGAGUUGGGUGAUGCCGAUGCUUUGGUCGAUUCGGCCCAAUCCGGGGUGUUUUCUACGAACCCAUCUCUUGCCGCUGCCACUGCUGCACCGUCCAAAGGUGGCAGUAAGAAAUCCGGCGCCAAGGACAAGGAUGAGGACGAUUCCGACGACAAAGGGGCUGGCUCAAACAAAGGUCUAGAAGAGUGGAAGGAUCAGCCAGGACUGUUUCUGUUGAAUAUCAUGUACGAUGUUACACCUGCCGAGUUUCUCGAUCUCGUGAUAUGUGAGCUUGGAAGUCUACCGCCCGAGGCGGUCCCUGUGGUUAAUGGCGUGCAUGGAGACGACCAGGCGCUGGCAUGA